AUGGCACUCUUUCACUUAUUGCGGUGCCAGCGGUACGUCUGGCGGGGACUGUGCGAACGUGCCAAAGUGAGCAGAAUGAUCUACGGCGUGGCGCCACUACCGGCGGACUCUCCGACGGCGGUGGUGCCCUUGCAGGCGGUGCGCAACGCUGCUGCGCUGAUUGCGGCCAAGUCAAAUGCGGCGACGACGGACGGCGCCGAACGGAAGCCGCCGAGCGGGACUUGCGUGCGCGGGAUUGUCUGGCCGUGGUACCGCAGGCUGCCGCGCGAUCCAGCCUUUGCCCCGUUCAUUGCGGAGCCCCUCAUCCUCCCUGUUUAUUGUGGGUUGCGGAUGAUCGAUGAGAUCGGGCACGUGAACAACGCCAAGUACUUGGAGAUCUCUGAGUUUGCGCGGCGACAUAUGCCGGCCUUUCUGGGCUUCGAUGACCGAAUAAUAUCACGGAGGAUUGGUCUGAUUGUGUCCGACAUGUCUGUAACGUACCGGCGUGAAAUCGCACCGUUCAAGAAGGUGUGGGUGCGGUUGCGCAUGCUGCUGCCCCCUGCUGCCCCCGCCGUCACGAGAGCCGCCGAGGAGGCAACGGCGACGCAGCGACCCUCCGUGGCAGACACGAAGCGCUUCUUUGUGGAACAUGAGCUGUGGAGUGCGGACAGGCGGACACUGCACGCGGUGCUGACUGUGGCAGCCGCGCUGCUCGGGCCGGCGAAGUACGAGAAGGAGCUCCACGAACGCUACGGCACAUGGGAGGUCGCACAUACCGCCACGGGUGCGAAUUCCAAGCCUCGACAGAAAAUGAGGGUACUGAACUGUGAGCAGGUGCUGGCGGAUUUGGGCUGCUUCGCGUCGACCGCCGAGCUGCGGCAGGCGUUCUCCUCUGCAGCGCACGCGCGCGCAACGACUGCCAAUGCAAACGGCGCUGCCAGCAGCGCAGACAUCGCCCGUGCGCAGAAGAACAGUUCGGCGGAUGAGGAACUCGUUCAUCGUCUUUGUGCCUUGACGGAAGUGUGGAAGAGGUGUCGCAGCGCGCUGCAGCGCAGGACUUUGGCCUCGAAGCCUGACCGAAACGAAUGA